GGCACAACAGUCGGAAUUUCGUCGGUGUUUUCUUCUUUGUUGCUUUUUUAAAAAUAAAAAAGAACUGUUUCGAAAAAAUGCUUGGAGUUGGGAAACAAAUUAAACUGUGAAUUUAUUGUUCUUUAAUAUGAAGAUAAACACGUGUAUAUGUUGCUUCACGAUUUUAAUAGUUACAGCACCACUUAAUAAGUGCCAAGAUCGUUGGUAUUGGUAUCAACAAGCAAAGAGUCAGCUACUAAAGAAUUUAGAUGACGACAGGAACUACAACGUGGCAAAGAACUUGAUUCUCUUUAUUGGUGAUGGAAUGGGAAUGACAACUGUGACAACUGCAAGAAUACUCAGGGGACAGAAGAGAGGACAGACGGGAGAAGAGAAUGAACUAGCUUUCGACAAAUUUGAAUAUGUCGCCUUCGCUAAAACGUACAACACAGACAGUCAAGUUGGGGAUUCUGGUGCGUGCGCUACAGCCCUUCUGUGUGGUGUGAAAGGACGUUUCGAAACUGUCGGAUUAGAUGAUAGUGCGAGGUACGAUAAGUGUCAGGCCAGUAUCAAGUCGAGAAUACCAUGCCUGGGAGAUUGGGCUCAACUGGAUGGCAAGUCGACAGGAUUGGUGACGACCACACGCGUCACUCACGCCACUCCUGCAGCCAUGUACGGUCACUCUGCGAGUCGUUACUGGGAGAGUGACGGAAAGAUUCCGGAAGGAGACAGGAAACACUGUAAAGAUAUUGCCAGGCAACUCAUCGAAGACGAUCCGGGGAAAAACAUUAACGUGAUUCUUGGCGGUGGUCGGGGCAAUUUUCUGCCCGGAAAGAAAAACGUGAAAGUUCCCAUGGAGAUGGGACGGAGGGAAGACAAGAGGAAUCUAAUCGAGGAAUGGUCAACAGAUAAAAAAAGCCGGAAACUAGCCUCUAAGUAUGUUUCCACGAAAGAUGAAUUCGACCGCGUUGACCCCAACAAGACGGACUAUCUAUUAGGACUUUUCAACUUUGGCCACAUGGAUUACGAGGUGGAUAGAGAUGCAGGACCCGAUGGAGAGCCUUCCUUAUCGGAAAUGACAAAAAAAGCAAUCGAAGUAUUGAGACGAAACUCAAGAGGAUACUUCCUCAUGGUUGAAGGAGGUCGAAUUGAUCACUCUCAUCACUUCAACAAUGCCCACCGUGCCUUAGUGGACACUCUGGCACUUGAGGAUGCAAUCGUCACGGCACUGCAGAUGACCAAAGCUGACGAUGAAACAUUAAUAGUUGUCACUUCGGACCACUCUCACGUCUUCUCUUUUGGAGGAACGCCAAAGCGUGGAAAUCCUAUUUUAGGUCUAGAUAAUAAAGAAUCCGAUGUAGACAGCAUGCCUUAUACAACCUUGCUGUACGCAAAUGGUCCUGGCUAUAACAGGAAUUUUGAGACUGGCAGAGAAAAUUUGACUGACGCAAAUACUGAGGAUAAGAAUUAUGUCCAACAAAGUGCUGUACCACGUAGAUGGGAUACACACGGUGGCGAGGAUGUACCAGUUUAUGCUCGUGGCCCCAUGGCCCAUCUUUUCAGAGGGGUCCAAGAACAGACUUACGUACCUCAUGCCAUGGCAUACGCUGCUUGCAUAGGACCCUAUCGCAAUGAGUGUGAGAGACGGAAGAAACAUUCAUUUCAUCGCCAGGUCAUCGACUGCCCUUCUGCGCAUGUCGAGUCUUCCACCAGCGAUGCCAACAGCAACUAUGGUUCUCUGCUCUGGAUUUUCGCUAUCGGUCUGCUGACAAGAUGAUGGAACUGUUUCUGAAUAAUACAAACUUGAGCUUUCGCUAUUGACAAAACAUUUUGUAUCUCUUUUGGGAUAUUCUCUGUGAUCUGUGGCUCAUAUCGAACUGUUGUUUCUAUUAUUCCGCGAGUACCUGAAUCUUCUUUCAAGGGGUCGAUUUUAUCUGGCUACCAAAUUUGGGAGUGAUUCAUAGGAGAAACCCAAUAUUCAGAUAGCCAAUACGGGGUUUUUCUUUUAGAAAAUGGAAAACGCAUACAGAUGUAUGCAGCAGUUUCUUCCCAGUGUCAAAAAAACGUGAUUUUUUUAUGUACAUUAAAUGAGACUUAAUAAAUUCUAAUUUAAUUAAUGGAGAGGUGAAAACGAUGCGUUUCAUGCAACCUGGUACUUGAAAAGGCAAUAAAUUUGUAAAAAUAAAAUAUGUUGUUAAAAUUUUGAAUAUGUUGCAUUGUGAAAACGUGAUGUAUUUACUAUUUCGUUUAAACUAUGCUUUAACUUAAGUAGAAAAGUCUAAGCAGUACAUUUUUGUGUUUCAUUCUUAAAAUGAAAUCAUUGUUACCAGAUUUGAAGUUUUUAUUGUAUUUGUCAGCGAUUAAAAAUUUUGAAAGGUAGCAUGUUAUUUCACAUUGCGGUUAUAUAACUUAAAAUAUAGAAAAUAAUGUACUAUUUACAACUUUGCAAUAAUGCUUGUGUAAUUAAAACAAAAUUCAUGAUCUUAUGGUGCCUCCAUAGCUUAUAUAAACUAUCCUAUAGAAAUUUUCGUUCUAUUUUUUUUUUUUUGCAGUUAUUAAUUUUAACUUCCAUAUAGUUUUUAAAAUCAU